CACUGCGUUCACAACUUCACGAUUAUUGUGCACGGCAUUUGUUUGCGCUGAAGUUCGUCUUUAAUCAAUUCGUGUCUCGCAAUUCUUGUGGCGGUCUAUCCGCACAACAUUUCAAUUUUAUCCAUCAAAAAAAGUAAAUGUCCACUGACAAACGUUUUUCCUAUUUCCCAUCCUCACCAAGACCUAAAAGGUUAAUUUCGUAAUGACAUCCCACGGUGUCCAAAUUUUUUUCCCGGACCUUGGCUUACCCAUCUCCUAUGAUCUCAGGUUAGAUUGUUUAUAACAAUAAUUUUUACUGACAAGCGUCUACGAACAAUUUUUCACAUUGGUUUUGUGCAAAGAAAAAACAAUUUUGUGACUGACCAUUAGUCAUCGUAACUUGUGAUACAUUGAGUUCCUUGGUUCGACAGCACUGACAAUAUGGGUUCAGUAAGUUUAAUAUGCCCCAUGUGCUGUCAAGAGACUUUUAGCAAUUUGGAAUUACUCAAGGACCAUUUACUUAACGUGAUGAAUAAUUUGUAUUGCCCUGGAUGCUCUGAGCAAAUUCCUUCAUUAUCUGCGUUGAUUCAACAUUUAGAUUGUUGUGACAAUACAUUUGGAAAAGGAGAAAGAAAACUCACACAGUUAGAGUGCAAUAGAUUAACUAAUGAAAAUGAUAAAGUACCAGAUGUGUUGAUGGAAGGUGCUGAAGAUGAAUUAAAUGAGAGCUUUUUAGCUACUGUUAAUGAAGAUGGAAUUAUGAUUAUUGGUGAAGGAAGAACAAUUCAAGUAGAUGAAAAUGGUGAUAUUCAAGUAGUAGAAAAAUCAAGUACAACAAAUACAAUAACUCAUUGUGAAGAAGCUAUUAUUAACAACAUGGAAGAUGAUACAGAAAUUGAUAUAUCUUCUGAUCCAGUAAAUCAGGAAGAGCAAAUAAAUUCUACAAAACAGGAAAUAUCCAUGUCUAAUAUGCCAGAUGAUUCAGAAAUUUUGGAUGAUAAUGACCAAACUUACAUACAGUUUUCAGAAAUAGAAGAUAUGGAGCUUGAAGAUGAAUCUAGAGAAGAAUCAAGAAAUGUGGAAGAGCAGGGAGAAGGAGAUGUUAUGUUCAGUUGUAAUGCAUGUAGAAUAAGUUUUACCAAUGUAAAAGACCACUUGAGAGAUUACCAUCAUGGAGAGGAAGUAGUAUUAGAAAUGAACGAGGAACAAUUGAAUGAAAUAGAAGCAACUACCACAAAACCAAUGUUACCAUCUACCCGAAUUGCAGACGUGAACGCGUCAUCAAAAGUGUCAUCGAACAAUACAAAAGCAGCUCCAAGACAGAGACAAUCCAUGAACACAUUAAGGACUGAAGAGUGUAUAGAUAGUGAUGGAAGGACGUUUACUCGAAAAGUUGUGCAAAUAGAAAGAUUUUGGGAUAAGUCACCAGUUAAUUUGUCGUCAACAAAAGCUCCAAUGAUUGAAAAAUUUUUCUCCAAUGUCGAGGGUGUCAAAGUCCGAGAUAAAAGUAUAACAGUUGCCCCAACGAAAAUGUACAGAUGUAACCAGUGCCUAGGACAGUUUGCCAAGUUGACCGAUUUUCGAGUUCACAAUUGUUUUCAAACAACCAACCGUUGCGAAAAAUGCGACUUGACUUUUACCUCGGUGAGAUCAAUGCACGCGCAUAUGAGGACUCAUCGACAGGUGAACGACUAUCCUACCCUCAAAAUUUUCUUAUGUCAAAUCUGUGGAACAGAGUUCUUAACGCACAAAAGCUUACAAUUGCACAAGAGGAUGCAUCAACCGGUCAAAUCACGCCAUGUCGAUGCACCUGAGGGUACCGAAGAGGAAACAUUUGAAUGUCCUGAUUGCGGGAAAAUUCUCGCAGAAGCGUACAGAGCUGCACAUAUGGCCACACACGAAGGCGACUCAAUCACAUGUAUCAUUUGCAAUCGAAAAUUCGAUUCCGAGGAGAGUUUACAAAUGCAUAGGGCAGUUCAUGCCGAAUCAGGCGUCGAUGCUUUGAAUGCAUCGACGAAUGAAAUUAUUAUCCCAGAUAUACAAGAUCCCAUAGAGCCAAUAUUAGAUACCAACAAUUCGGCAAAUGAAAUAGUUACCGGCGAAAAAGUCGACGACGAGAUUGCAAUUCAGAAACCUUAUCAGUGUCAGCAUUGUGGUCGUCGGUUCACAAGACCUCACGAGAAAGUAAAGCACGAAAGGAUACAUACAGGAGAGAAGCCGCACGUCUGCGAGGUCUGUGGUAAGACAUUCCGAGUUUCCUAUUGCCUGACUCUCCACAUGCGCACUCAUACCGGUGUCCGACCGUACGAGUGUCAGCAUUGUGGCAAGCGUUUUAAGGCUUCUUCGGUGUAUAACCAUCAUCUGUUGACUCACGGUGAUGAGCGCGCUUACACCUGUCCAUACUGCCCCAAAACUUUCAAGACCCGCGUGCAAUUGGCUGGUCACAAGAAUAGUCACACUAAACCUUUCCGCUGUACCGAGUGUUCACGACCGUUCGCUUCCCUCUAUGCGGCUCGUUCGCACAUGCAAACUCAUAAAAAGGACAACAAUUUGAAAUUUAGUUGCAACAUCUGCGGUGCCUCGUACGGCCGAGCUUUUGCUUUGAAGGAUCAUCUGAAGCAACACGAAAACGACCAUUCGGCUACGCUACCACCAGAGGCUUCGAGGGAAGAAGAAGUACAAGUAGAUUUCUUACUACGAGACGAUGUGGAAGUUGUUGGUGAAGAGUUAAUUGUGCCUUCGCCGCCUCCGCCUGCUUGUGAAUCGAUAGAGAGUAUUGAAUUAGCUGAGUAAGAUUUCCCGUUGAGUUUGCGCGUUAUGAACAAUUUCAUUCUUUUUUUCUCCUCUUUUAUUAGGCCUUUGAUGCUGCUAUUUUUUUUUUUUUACAAGGCCAAUAUUGUAAAAAGAUAUUAGUGCAGAGUUUGACACUUGUUUUUCUAGGUAGCUUGAUCAACAAAUCAAUCUUCAGUCUAGAUAAUCGUAAUUAAAAUGAUACUGUCUUAUUUCAUAUUUUUUAUUAUUCAAAGACAAUAAGCUAUUCUUUACAGCUAGAAUCAUUUCUGGCAGUAAUUAAUUCGAAAGAUAUUUUUCAAAUGUCUAUAUCUACUUUGAUAUGUAUACACAUUACUUAUUCGAAUUAAUAGAUUUACUUCAAUCUAUCUUUCACCGCUGAACUUAUCGUUUCCAAUAAUGUUCUCAAGCUAAUUAUUAAUUGCUCACAUCUACAUAGUACAAAUUCAAAAUGACAGACCUUAUACAUACCUAUUGUAAUGUAUUCCUGUGAAAUAAUCGUGUUGAUAAUGUAUCGAAGAAUUAUCAUUAAAUUUCUUAAAAUUGACAUAAUAAUAGUUGAACGUGAGGAGGUAACGAUGGUUCUUUUGUACAUUAUGAAAAAAAUAAAUCAACUAUCACGCGGUAAGCGGCGACAGUAUGUUUUAAUUGUACAUCGACCGAGACUCGACAUUAAUUAAUCUGUGUCGCUGCACGCACGUGUAUUUACCCGACGGCACGUACCAAAUAAACUCAACGCU